CACGCUGGGUUAGAGAUGGCAUGGUUGGCUUUAUCUUGACGUCCAGCUGCCUGCUCUGUUACUUUAGGUAAUAUUUCAAUAAUCACAUUACCAGUUUCCAGCACCAACUCCCCAACUAAGAUUUUGCCAAAAACCUUAGGACCAAUCAAUGUGAAUGUUGGACCCCAAAUGAUCAUAAGCACAUCACAAAGACUGACCAAUUCAGGGAGUGUUCUGAUUGGGAGUCCAUAUAAUCCAGCUUCAACAAUGGUCACACAGACACACAUAACGGAAGCUUCUGGCUGGGUCCCAGGGGACAGGAAGCGGACUCGAGAAUUUAUAGAAUCAGAUUUUUCAGAAAGUAAGAGAAGCAAAAAAGGAGAUAAAAAUGGGAAGGGUCUGAGGCAUUUUUCAAUGAAAGUAUGUGAAAAAGUUCAACGUAAAGGAACAACUUCAUACAAUGAAGUCGCUGAUGAGCUGGUAUCAGAAUUCACAAAUUCUAACAGCCACCUAGCUACAGAUUCGCAGGCUUACGAUCAGAAAAAUAUUAGACGAAGAGUUUAUGAUGCCCUUAAUGUCCUGAUGGCAAUGAACAUAAUUUCAAAGGAAAAGAAGGAAAUCAGAUGGAUCGGCCUUCCUACAAACUCAGCUCAGGAAUGUCAAAAUCUAGAGAUAGAAAAACAGAAGCGGAUUGAAAGGAUAAAACAGAAGCGAGCCCAACUACAAGAACUGCUGCUGCAGCAAAUAGCAUUCAAAAACUUGGUACAAAGAAAUCGGCAAAAUGAACAACAAAAUCAAGGCCCUCCAGCUUUGAACUCAACAAUUCAGCUGCCUUUCUUAAUAGUCAACACUAGCAAAAGAACAGUUAUAGACUGCAGCAUAUCAAGUGAUAAAUUUGAAUACCUCUUUAAUUUCGAUAACACUUUUGAGAUUCAUGAUGACAGUGAGGUGCUGAAGAGAAUGGGAAUGUCCUUUGGGCUUGAGGCAGGCAAAUGCUCAGCUGAGGACCUAAGAACUGCAAAAUCACUGGUGCCAAAAGCUUUAGAAGGCUACAUCACAGAUAUGUCUGCAGGAUUUUCAUGGAUAAACCAAGGGUUACUUUCAAGUUCCACACAAGCAGUUUCACAUUUAGAGGUAGCAGGAGGCACUUCCGAUGCUAAAUCAAGCGAGAAUCCAGGGUUGUGUUUGGAUGCUGAAGUGGCCUUAGCAACUGGGCAGUUUCUUGCCCCUAGCAGUCAACAGUCCAGCAGUGCAACGUCACGCUACUCUGAAUCACGGGGAGAAACUCCAUGCUCAUUCAAUGAUGAAGAUGAAGAGGAUGAAGAUGAGGAUUCUUCCUCCCCAGAAUAAGGACAGUAGAAAACGGAAUAUACAAAAUGCUGCUCAUAAAUAUUCUUAAUGGGAGCUCCUGUUUGGAUUUUACUUAAGUUUCUUGCCUUGGUUUGCACUGUGUUCAGUGAAGCAAAAUGGAAGCUUCAAGACAAAUUCAUCCACAGCUGAAAUUGAAAACUUUUUGUAACUGAACACAGAGUGACAUGCAGACACAGAGCAAAGUGUUUUUUAUCAACUAUAACCAAGGAAGAGAACAAAGCCCCUGGAGAUUUGGCGAAGUAAACAUCAAGUUCACAUUUUCCAUUUUGGGACAUUCUGUCUCAAGUCUCUGUCUUCCCAUUAUCUUUACCAGAUGGAGGAGAAAACAGAGUCAGUCAACAAAUGCCAAUUCUUGCAUUGUCUUUUGGCUGUGCUACCUUUAGAAAAAGGGGGAGAGAGAGCACGCGCGAAUGUGCUAAAAUAGCUAUUUAAAACUAUCUUAUAUGAAAAUUGUUCUAGGGAAAAGGGGCUGUUAGAAUGUUUGCUUUUUUCUGCUCAACUUGCUGUAUAGAAGAUUCUUAAAGUAAUAUAAAUUGCAAGUGAUUAAAUGAAUCUUGAAAUAGUUUAAAUCCAUUUUAGAUACUCUAAAAGUAACGAUAGUAUGUCUCUUUUGAAAGGUUCAUAUGUUCAUUUAUAUUGCAGACCUAAUUUAUUAUAAAUAAGUGAUUAUUCUUAGCCAUUAUGAAACAGGAUAAAAACAGCAGUAUUCUCUGCACCAGCUUUUUCCAAGGAAAGAAAGUUUAAAAAUUGUAUUUCUAGAUUAUAGUGUAUCCAGUAUAGCUUCUCCUUUACUCUUCUAACUUUAUAAUCCCUUUGAUCUGAUAGCAUGUGUUGGGUUUUUUUUUAAAAAAGGCCUCUAUGUUAAGGAUCUCAGGCAGCAUGUUUUCAAGGCAGUAUUGUCAAAUUCAGGUGGGCAGGUCACAUAACUUUUAAAGUCAUAGGUUGAGGUUCUUAGGAAAAAAAUGAAAUUUCAGCAAUACAUCAUUUCAUGUUUUGCAUUCUAGUCAGCUUGGAUUAUGAUAGACUAACUUUCUUAAAAUGAACUUCUGUUGCACUCACCUUGAUGCGCCUUUGAAAAAUAGUAGUAUCGAACCACUUCUUAAAAUAAUUUGUGGCUAAAAUUACACAACAUGAAUCCCAUUUGAACUGUUAAAUUAGACUUGCAACAGGAGGCUCCGUGUUCUACAGUUAACAUCACAUCCGAUCAUAAAGACCUUUUUAAAAAAAAACAAACUUGAAUAACAGAGCAAAAUACACGGUAGACGUACUCUUCUCGUGGUGUUCUAACAUCCAGUAUUUUAACUAGUCUCGAAGUCAACUAUUUUUAAUUAGGUAAAUCCGGUUUAAAAUAGUGUUACUUCUUUUUAGUUUUUAUACUGUAUGUAAAUAGUUGACCUGUUUCUAAGUACCAGUGUAUUAGCUGUCAGAGCUCAACGACAUUGGCUCUGUUAUUUAGUUAUGAGAUUAGGCAGCUCGUAAUACUGAUACUUGCUUGAGCAAUGGCAGCAAACUGUAUCCCUUGACUGCUGUGACCAUUACUCUAGCACAGCGUGGGGGAUGUCCACAUGAUCUUUUACAGACAAACCUGCACUCAAGCCAUUGAGAUCCGAAAGCACCAAGCCUGAGCUAGUGAGAUAAACUGCGGCUCCAGCUAAAAAGCUACCUGGCUGUUGUACAGGAGUUAGCACACGACUAGCUACAUACAGGACAGGUAAAACUGCGAGGAGCGUACAAGCACACCUGCACGUUUGCAUUAAAAACUAAAGCAUCCAGAUUGAACUAUCUGUGAAAAGUUUCUAACUCACUCCUGCAUUUGAGGUACAGUUAGGGCGGCACCAUUAUUGAUAGGUAUAGCUCUUGACUGAGCAAGUAGAGCUGUCUAGCUUACACAAAUGAGUUGCGAAUGCACAAAUUAAAAUAAUUCUUAUAUGCCUACCAUGUUACUCACCCUCUGGGCAAGACUGUUAAGCCUGUCCUGUGCUCAUGGCUCACAGGCAACGGCAGACUGAGGAACCAGACCACCUCACUUCAACCAAAUCUGUAACACUACCUCUAUAUGAAGAAAAGCUUUACAAAUACAAAGUAAUAUUCUCGCUGAGAGAGUCAAUGCACUUGAUCGAAGUGGCUCACUUUUGAAAUAAGAGGAGAAGGUAACAGAUACUCCAGGCAUAUUACUAUGGAAUUGUCAGCUUCAUGAAUGACAUUUCAUUUAAACAGAUAAUUGCUUUUAUUCUUAAAAACCCAUUGUUUUUUCAAAACCUGUCCUGUCAGUCAGCUUUCAUUGGAGAGGGCAGAUCAAAGAUACCUGAUAUAUGCAGGACCCUAAGGAACUCUUACAGGGGAGAACAUUUUCUGAAGUUUUUAUUCCCCCCCCAAUACGUUAGGGGCACGUUUAACUUUACACUUUCUUCACAUUUCCCACUCAAGAUCUGUGUAAAAAGAAAAACCAGCAAAACACUAAACAAUUACUGAAGAGGAGUGCUUUGAACUAUAAUAACCUAGCAAAAAAAGGCUUCCUGCCCAGAAAUGGAAUGUAUUUUAUUAGCAGUCAGUGUGCUUUACAAUACUUUACAGGAGGAAGCUCUUCAGUGGUAUCUUCCUUCCAUUGAUGUCCAUGUCCUUCAAAGCAGCAGACUGCACAGCUACUUGCUUUCUGGCAAACUCCAAGCUAUCAACUUCAAAACAAAAAUAAAUAAAUAAAUCUAGGCACGCAUAGCAUUUAUUUAGACAGUUGAACCAAGACUUUGAAAGUUAUUUUUCCUGAACUAUUUGAAUACAAAGGACAAAACAAGUUAGAACAUUAAGAAGAGACUUCAAAAGGAAAUUCUUUCCUUCGGAUUCUUUGUGCCAAGUUCCCGUUGAGGAUGAAGUUCAACUAAAGCACUGUGGUCUUGUGGUUACACUGAAGUCUGGGACCUAGGAGAAUUCUGGGCCUUAUCCAGCCAUAGUCACUCAUGUAUGAUCUCAGGCAAGCCUUUCAAUCAUCAUUCUUGUUGAUCUUAGCUGACAUAUUUGAAAAAAAAAGACAAACCACAAAACAAAAACAGGUCAAUGCAGGACCUCACAAACUGCAGCUGUUCCAUCUGAAUUGAGCUCCGAGCAAUUAUGAGUAACAGGGGGACUGAGAAUAUUAAGCAACCACACAGCUCCCACUGGGCUAAUGGCAGUAGUUGUGCUCAGUUGCUUCAACAUGCAGGCCUUCCCUCCCUCUGAAAGCCAGCAGCAGAUACUUUCCAGAAUAAAAUGGUCAUUCGCAAGACUGGUUUUCCCAUUUUCUAUUCAGUUACCAUCAUCCUCUCCUGUCUCCUGCAAUAUCCUUGCCACUCAUUGAUAUGAAACAAGUAGCGACUGGUACUAGAUGGUAUCUCUUAGAAGGCAAAGUUAACCUUUAAAUUUUCAUGCGUGACAUGUUUCUGUGUCUUGGAACACUAUUUCUUGGUUAUACAUUCAGAAGGCACUUGGCUGCAAGCAAUAGAAUGCUGUGUGUAAAUGCUUUUAUAUAUAUUGCAGUAAACGGCUUUAUUUCUGGACUUACUUUAUGGUGCUUGAAAAAUCUAAGUUUGACUUAGAAAAACUUGUCAGCACCACAAACUAGAUGAAAAAAUAUGAGUGGGAGACAGCUUUUUUCUAUUAUGUGGGAAUGUUUGUGGAUUUUGGUUUUUAAAAUUGUAUUAAAGUGUGCCAGUCUUCUCAUUUCAACACCGGAAUUAAUGGCAACAAUCCACCUAAUCUAAGAAAGUGUUUGUAUAUUUAAGUAAAGACUAAAGCAAAAGAUAGCAUUUUAACUGAAGGUAUGAUUUUAACUAACUUCGUUAAACCUAGUACAAGCCACGCUGUAGGUAUUUCCAUUUUGGUUAAGGGUUUUUUUAUGAACUAUAGCUUGCAAAUACACCUGAUCCUUUCGAGCUGCUGGAAAUAGCUGAGUACACAGAAUACCCACAGAAGGAAUUGUGCUGAUCAACUAAGGCAGCCUGAAGUAACAUCAUGUAAAAAGGCCCAAUAACCAAAUUUUAAUCCUUUUUUUUUUUUCCCCAUACGUAAAAUGAUGCUUGAAUUUUGAAUUCCACAAUUAAGGUUUUAAAUGUCAAGUGCUCGCUCUUCUGACCACAUCCACCAUUUUAAUUCAAGAGCAUGGCUGAAACUUAAGCACAUUUGAACAGUGGGCAAUACUCAUUUUUAUAAUUAACUGGCUCUUUUCAGCUGAAAAUAAUCCAGGCAGUUUAUUGAGAAGACUUUCCUUUUAGUGAGUUAAAUACAUUUGGGUUUUGGCUUCAUUUAAAAUGAACUAGUAUGUAGUAAACAAACCAGAACCAGUUAUCUUCUGACUGACCCACCUAAUUUAUAUCUUUUCAUUACAAGAGUCCCUCAGGAACAUACGUACUUUAAAUAACCAGAUAUAAUGAAGCUGGGAAAAGACUAUACGAGCUUUUAAAAUUUUCGAUUUAAAAAAAUUCCAGUAAUAGUCAUGCUUUGAGGUGACAUCCUUCUGCUUACUGCAAGCUUAAUUAAUCUUAAAGAAAGAAACACUGCAGUUCAGUUACUCCAAGGCCUGGUAUAUUUUACAGCUGAAGGCAUCUUAACCAUCAGCACUGGGAAACGGUGCCUACUGCGGCAUUACUGAUGAACGAGGAGCAGGCUAAGGACCCUUGGUCUGUUCAUUGAGUUGGUUUUGUUUUUUAAAAUACUUUAACGGCUCUAAAUGCUUAAUUGCCUGCUGGCAGGUGUUCACAUAACCAAAUCCUGGUACCAUGAAAUUUCCUGAAACUCUCAUUCCUUAGCCUUAACCAAGUUCCCAAAUCAGAUUAUCUCUUUCCCAGUUAGCUGUCAGAAUUUAGUCUGGUGACUGUUGUUAGGAGGCUGUGAGUGACUGUUCUCCCCUGAACCCAAGUAUAUUGCCAAAAAAAGCCCCACAACCAGCGUUACUCCCAAUUGUUCAUUCCCCCUGCUAAGUACUACCAUCCUUUCAAGUCACUGUAGAGCUGCUCAUACAGGUACUUCCUAGCUCGUUCAAUCUAAUGCCCCGAGUUGGCAUCUGUGGAUUCCUAACCCAGUUAGGUGCGGGAAUGCUCAUAAAAGCAGUCCGACCGUAAUAACGAGGGGCUGUUCAUCGCAGCUGUUUAGAGAGUGCAUAUUCAUUCUGCAUCUCUUAAUACUCCUACCUUGUCUGGCCUACCCCAAAGAUCAGCCAAAACCAAAAUGUUUUCUUUCUGCUUGCAUCUUUUUGACAGUACCCAAGAAUCCAGCAUUUAGGAUAUCCAACAUUUAGGAUAUCCACCUGAACUGCAGGACACCAAAAAUCCUUGCUCAGAAUUGGACAGAAGAAACAUCUGAGAUCUAACCGUUCAAAUCCCAGGAGAAAGCCUCCCGCUUGGGAACGAUAUGGAGCGAAUGAAUAACUUAAUUUUUCCUUUCUCCAUGAGAAAAGCAGGCUGACCUGGAGCAGAUCAGUAUCUGUAGGAGGGCCGGGAUAAUUCCAAGCAGGUACUGGAACCUCCCGGUAGCCCAGACUUGCAUCUCUUCUUAGUAUUGUGUAUUGGCUGGACUAAGCGGCAACCCUUUAAUCUUCUGACUUCUCUAAAUGCCAUUCUUAAAUACUUAACGCUCUCCAGGCGUAGGUGCUUUAGCUAUAUGAACGCCAUGGGAUAGCAGGAAAGAGCCAUGUAAAAUGUAAAUCCAGUUGUAGAUGUAAAUCACACUCAUCUAUGCAGUAUAUAGGAAACAUUUUUCCAAGACCAAAUGAGUCUUUAACAGCGACUUCUUUUUAGCCUAUUCCCAUUAUGCAGGCUGAGUGAAACAGAGAAGUGAAUCCUUAGCACUGUCUGGUUCCUGUACCUUCCACGAAGCAGCAAUGGCACACCCGUAGGACCAAGGCAGGCAAAGAAGAAAAAAAACCCACCACCACGUAUCCAUAGCCCUUCCCAUUGAAAUUUUUAGGUCACAUACAUACACUUAUUCUGAACAGCCACAAAAAAGUUAAAACAUUGACCAGAAAAGGUUAAGUCCACACAAUCAGUUUCCUGUUUUUUUGGUGGGUUUGUUAAAUCUCUAACAUAACUUUUAACAACUAGAAGAUUUGGUUGCGCUAGCGCAGGAAUUAAGUGGAUCUCCCAGAAUUUCCCUGGGAAAACAGCUGAACCGCAACCCAUCACACAAGUUUCUGGCACGUUCCCUUGUCUCUAAAGCCAGGCCGUACGUAUGAAAAACACUUCAGAGAAGUGUAUGCAAAUGUCAUGACGCUGUCUCUCACAAGCACCUACUGUGAAAAAAUUAAUCCUACUUUGAGCAAACCUGUAAGAACCAGGGUAUGCGUUCAUCCUCAUUCCCCAGGUCCUGACUGCAGAGACUGCCCUGGGACCAAGGCACCCACCUUUGCAUUUGCGUAACGAGCCAGCAAGCACAGGCACGGUUUUUACAACAGUACACGUCUGCUGGCAUGUCCGAGAUGAUCAAUCCCUUGGCAACGAGGGAAUGCUGGCGCACACAUCAACCGAUGUUACGGAGCUGCUGCAACGUGCAGUACCUGAUAGAAAAGGCAGGCCCAGCCGUCCCCCCGACCGUAGCACUUUUUGAUAUAUCUACUAUAUUCUACAUGGAAGUACGUUGUAGAGACACUUCCUUUUUUAUGUUUAAAAUGCAGAACCACUGGAACCGUC